AUGCCAAGUCUCGGAUCACACAGAGUAAUAGAUGUAAUUCACGAUAAGAGACUACCAACACUCAGCAGAAAGGUUUUCAUACGUGCUGCGCUUUUCAAAAUAUGUCUUGCCCGGAUUGAUUUCGAGGAGGGGUCGCCACCACAGACAGUUCCAACUGGCACAUAUGUUGCACAACCAGAAGAUGGAGUCAUAUCAAAGGGUAUACUUGUUAUCAUUGCCGAUGCUUCUGGCAAUUCGACGGAUCCCGCGCCAUAUUUGUCUUUGAUAAGAUCAUGGAACCAGCUUACGAUUAUCUUUUACAGAAUCAUAUACGUUUACAAAGCAAUGGAGUCGCUUCCUUCUUUCAAUAUUUUCCAACCUCCCGAGCCUCCUUUUGUAACCAACAAUCUGAAAAUUGGUGCCGCGGGAUUCUGUUGGGGCGGAGAAAUAAAUACCAUACCGGUACUUCUUGUUCUUGCACAAGACGAUCUAUCAUCUCAGGCUCAAAGACAUCAUUCGCAAGCCAAGUCUCCAGCUCCUGAGCCAUUGAUAGACUGUGCGUUCGCUGCUCAUGCUUCUUACAUCGAAGUACCAGACGAUAUCGAAGCACAAGACGAUAUCGAAGCAAUCAAAAUCUCAAUAAAUGUGGCUGUUGGAGACAAUAAUUCAGCUAUGAAAGUGCCUUAA